CAAGGCCGCAAACCAACCUCCGAUUUUUGUGUUUUGCGACAGCGAGGUUCGCCGCUGGCAGCAGUUUUGAUAGUGCUCUUCUUUGAGGAUUGUGAACAUGGGAAAAGGAACCGAUAAGCUCUAUAUUACCCAUUCGGAAUGGGCAUCCGAAGAUGCAUACUCUGCGAGUGCUGGCUCCGGUGUCAGAUCGAAAGCGGGAACUGCGCACGCAUCCUUUAAACGCCUUCCGUUCAACUUCUGCUCACUCUCCCUGCAACCAUUCUCCCACCCCGUUUGCACGCUCUCCGGCACGAUAUUCGAUCUCACGAAUAUAAUUCCCUGGAUUAAGAAACAUGGCACAAAUCCCGUAGACGGAACCGCUCUCAAAAGCUCCGACCUUAUAAAACUGAAUUUUGCGAAAAAUGACGAGGGCGAAUAUGUUGAUCCCGUUACUUAUAAAGCGUUCACGGAUAAUACACAUCUUGUGGCUUUGAAACCAUCGGGAACCGUUUUUGCGUGGGACACAGUGGAAAAGCUAAAUGUCAAGGCAAAGAUGUGGAGAGAUCUGGUAACGGACGAGGAGUUUGGACGGAAGGAUAUCAUCACUUUGCAGGACCCGCAGAAUAUCGAGUCGAGAGAUCUCAGCUCAUUUAAAUAUAUAAAAGAUGGAGAGAACACAAUGUCAGAUGAACAGCUGCGGGUAAAAAACAGUAACGUGAACCUAAAUGCUAUGGGGAGCUCCGCGAAGAUCUUGAAGGCCAAGGAGGCUGUUGCGAAAGCACGCGCUGAGCGCGAACAAAAAGCAAACGCCGCUGCUCUUGAAAAAUCGAAGGGGAGGGAUGCUACAGCUUUUGGUAAAGAUGGUUCCGCGAAAGGGUCAAUAAUGAAUCAAAUCAAGAAACCAACUCCAUACAACGCAGCGAAGCACACGACGGGGCUUGCAGCUGCCUCUUUUACUAGCACUGGCCUCACCCCGCAUACAUCGGCCGACCUUGCUCUUCUCACUGAUGAACAAUACAUGUUGCGACGGGGCCGCGUUAACAUCAAGGGGUAUGCGCGCAUUAACACCACGAUGGGAGAUCUCAAUCUUGAACUACACACAGAACAUGCACCCAAGGCAGUUUGGAACUUUAUUCAGCUAGCUAAGAAGGGAUAUUAUAAUGAUGUCACCUUCCACCGGAACAUUAAAGGCUUCAUGAUUCAGGGUGGUGAUCCCACUGGUACCGGCAGAGGUGGUGAAAGUAUCUGGGGAAAGAAUUUUGAGGACGAGAUUGAGGGGCCGUUCAAACAUGAUGCAAGAGGGACGGUGAGCAUGGCUAAUAAGGGCAAAAAUACGAAUAGUAGUCAAUUCUUCAUUGCCUACCGCGCUCUCCCCCAUCUAAAUCUCAAACAUACCAUAUUUGCCCGUUUAAUCGAUGACCCUUCACCCUCAUCUACGACUCUCAACGCCCUAGAAACUGCCCCAGUAGAUUCCACCAACAAACCCACCACACCUAUCCGUAUUCUCAACGUAACAAUCUUCGUCGAUCCAUUCGAAGAAUUCUUGAGCCAGAAACGCGCAGACGAGGAAGCACAAACGGGCGCCGCUGGUGGCGCUUCGAAAGGUUCUGGCUCGAGAGACGAGCAGAGCGAUGACCAGCUAACCUGGACAGGUAAGCGCGUGCGAACUGGAGGCGCGGCGAAUGGCGCUGCAGCCUCUGGUGGAAGUUCCGGUGUGGGGAAGUAUCUUAAAGCAGCUACCACCGCCGCCGCUGCCGAAGCUCAGACAAAGGCUGGUGAAGACGAAAUUGUAGAAUUUGUCGAUGAGGAGCCCGAGCCUGAACAUGUGAGAAAGAAAUUCAAAGCUGCGAGUGGAGGUGGUGGGUUUGGCAAUUUUGAUAGUUGGUGAAGAAAAUUUCAUGUGUUUCUUUUCGGGUCGGUAUUUGUUAUCUUUCCCAUGAGGCCCUUAUAUUCUGUAUUUUAUUUUAUACCAACAUUUUCCAGUGGCAUUCAAGUCUUCACGGCGCAGCUAGGUGAUGGGAAACCUUGAGACGACAGUUCCGGAUUUUUUGUGGGGAUGGAAUAAAUGGCGUUUUGCAAGAAUUUUCUGGUUUUCUGCUUGGAAGAUUGGGAUUGAAUGGAUUAUAUUGAAACACUACGUUAGCGAUAGGCUCCCGUCGUAGAUAAUUCUUCAUUGGGGAUUCUGGGCCCGCCAAUCGAGCAGCAGUUGUCAAAAUCGAUAACUUUCGUGCAAAUAGGCUCCCCUGACACUAGAACGCAACCAGAGCAAGCCAAUGACUUCAGCGCGAGUAUCAUUGUCAUCUACGAAAGUGGUUUUAUAAUGUCCUAACCCUACAUAAUCCGCGCUUACGACAAUUCACUGACCAUACAAAGAAUGCCGUCCCUGUCAGCUUCAGGGGGUUACUAGCAGUAGAUACAGUGCUGAUUGUCGAAGAGAGCAAAAGGAGUAACGCUUAGACUCUAUAAAGGACCCAAUCGAGUGGGGAAUCCACAAGCAUUUGGGGUAUGAUAUAAAGAAAGAAUAAAUAUCAUCAUGAGCGGUGGGGGACAUAC